CGAUCGGAACACUGUCCAGUGGCGGUGGGUGGCCGCGGUGGCGUGAGACAGAGAGUUCGUGUCAUGUGAAGGUGGUUCUCGGCGACGAGGUGCACUUCUGUACUGGACUCCACGAGACGAAAAACGAGUUCUGUUUCCGCUAAUCUCUUCCCUCCCUGUUAGGAAAUGAUACCGAGCUGCCUCAGGAACGUCGCCGCGCAGUCGUCGCGACGAAACUUUGGAAGCUGGAACGAGGUGGCCUCAUUCUUCUUGAGCAAGAAAAAUAAUUAUGCCACUGAAGCCUCCUUCGAGACUAAGCCUUUUCGCUUGCACAAAUUAGACCACGGUCCAUCCACUAAGGUUACAGUGACCCGAGAUGACGCUAUCAAAUAUUUUAAGCAAUUACAUACGAUACGUCGUAUGGAAACAGCUGCUGGCAACUUGUACAAAGAGAAGAUCGUUCGUGGGUUCUGUCACUUAUACUCUGGACAAGAAGCUUGCGCAGUUGGCAUGAAAGCUGCGAUGAGAUCCCAGGAUGCUGUAAUCACAGCUUACCGUGCACACGGAUGGACUUAUUUGAUGGGUAUAGAUGUAUUUGGUGUCUUUGCGGAACUUACGGGCAGACAAGGUGGCAAUGCCAAAGGCAAAGGUGGCUCCAUGCACAUGUACUCCAAAAACUUCUAUGGAGGAAACGGCAUUGUUGGCGCUCAGGUGCCACUGGGAGUUGGAAUCGCCUUUGCGCAAAAAUACUUGAAUAACGGUGGAGUUUGUCUAACAUUGUACGGCGAUGGCGCGGCCAAUCAGGGUCAAGUGUUUGAGGCGUACAAUAUGGCAAAACUGUGGGACGUACCUUGCAUCUUCGUCUGCGAGAAUAACGGAUAUGGAAUGGGUACUAGUGUGGAUCGUGCCUCGGCGAGCACGGAUUAUUACACCAGAGGCGACUAUAUUCCUGGAAUAUGGGUUGACGGAAUGGAUGUGCUAGCCGUGAGAGAAGCCACGAGAUUUGCGAUUGAGCACUGCACAUCUGGUAAGGGGCCGAUUGUCAUGGAGACGGUGACGUACAGAUACAGCGGGCACAGUAUGUCGGAUCCUGGAACCAGCUAUCGUACGCGAGAAGAGGUACAAGAGGUUCGACAAACUCGGGAUCCCCUGACCAGUUUCAAGGAGAGAAUUCUAAAUGUCAAUCUUGUUACUGCGGAAGAGAUCAAAACAAUAGAGAGUGAGAUCAGGAAAUCGGUGGACGACGCCAUGAAAGCUGCCAAAAAUGACAAGGAGAUUCCACUGAACGAGCUCACUGCCGACAUUUAUAGCAAUUGUUUGGAGAAGGAGAUUCGAAACACGACUCCCUUCAAUCCUUUAUCGCAUACUAAACUAGGGCUCGCUAUAAACGCUUAAAACUGCUCAAAGAAAUAUUGUAUAUUGUACAGUAAUGUGCCACGUCUCCUCAAUGUUUAUAGAUUUUCACACUAGUUGUACAUAGAUUUACGUGCCGCACACGAUUCUUUAAUUCGAGGAUGUAUAUUAUUUCAUUGAAGAACUGAUAUUAAAACAGAUUAAUUCGCGUGCAAAACAUUGUGCACCGACGUUAAUCUCAAUGCUCCGCAAUACGCGCGCGUAACAUUUUACGUUACAGCCAAACGCGACAUACGUAUACGUACGAGAGAGAAGACCCACAUUUUUAAUAAUUUGAGGAAAUUAAAUUUAUAGCCUAAUUCAUUUCCAAUACGAGAAUUACCCAUCGAUAUCUGUAUGUCGAUGGAAUUACCAUAAAGAGAACAUCUUUUUAUGAUACAACGUGCGCCUAAUAUUCGAGCCGUUUGUUAAUGUAUUAAUAAAAAAAAUAAAUCUGUUACAAAAAAAUAAAAA